CAACUUUAACUCAAAAUAUGAUUAAUUUUAUUUGAUAUGUCGACACUUCUGGUGUGCGCUUUUCUUUUCUUCUCGGGCUUAAUUGUAGUGUCCGGAAAACUGUCGUUGCGUGAUGGCGUGCUUGUCGAUAUUAUAGACGAUUGUGAUCCACAUGACCCUAAUUCUUGCGGAUCGGACAAGUGCUGUGUCAAAGACGGUAUUAUGUACAUCCCCGAAGCUACGGGUCCUAGACCCGCAUACCGAAUAGAAUGUCGACCUUUGACAACCGUGGGCAGAUUGUGCUAUCUCCGUCACUCGACUGAAAUGUGUCCGUGUGGUGCAGGACUUACAUGCAAAGCAUCGUCUUCGUUUUUCGGGCACUGUCACUGAAAGUUGUGGAUGCUUUAUGAUCAGUAAUUAUCAAACGGUCAUAAAUCGACCUUUAAGAUGCA